CACGUAUCAACUCAAAGGACGCAACCAUUUGACGCUUAAAUUUUCACAACGUUAAGUGAUUUAAAAGAUCGAUUUUUCAAAGUUUUGAGUCAUCAACUAGUAAAAGAACGUUAAGUGAUUUAAAAGAUCAAGUGUUCAAAGUUUGGAGCCAUCAACAAGUAAAAGAACGUUAAGUGAUUUAAAAGAUCAAGUGUUCAAAGUUUGGAGCCAUCAACAAGUAAAAGAUCUUGCUUGCAAUGGAAGCGUCGUCUGCAAGACUUUAUGAAGGAGCAAGUGAAGCCAGAAACGAGCGUCGCAACCCUAAUAUGGAGGAAUGGCAGUUACAAGAGUUGGAAUAUGUUGGUCAUUCAGUUCAGCAUAGAGAUCUGUUGUCAAAAUUGUGUUAUCCCAGAGCAGACAAUAAACAUGUGGGCAAUGUACGUUUCUCGGAGAAGUUUAGGCUCGGCGAAGGAAGUGAUGAAACCCGUGUUUAUCUUGGACUGACACAGGAUGGUUACGGUAAAGCAGUGAAACAAAUUCGUAAAGAUAACUACCUCCAACCUGCACAGCAUGAAAAGGAAAUUUUAAACAAAUUCAAUGCAAGAAAGUCGAAAUAUGUUGUGAAUUAUUACUUCUUUGAUGGAGAUACUGGAACAGAAUAUGUUUAUUUGAUCUUAGACUUAUGUGAGGAAUCAUUGGAGAAGUUUGUGAAAUCAUCUUCUUUAAGUGAUCUUCAAAAAACUCUUCCCGUUAUUCUUAGACAAAUUUUGAAUGGAUUAGUUGAUCUUCAUAGUGGCCCAAAUCCUAUUCUUCAUCGGGAUUUGAAGCCUUCCAAUGUUCUCCGUGACGUAGAUGGCAGAUUUCUGAUAGCUGACUUUGGCAUUAGUCGAAUAUUGAAGGAUGGAUCUAAAACACACAAAAGCAAGUGUAACACGGGAAGUCGAUUUUGGAUUGCUCCUGAAGCAGUAGAAGAGGAAGGUUCAAAUAAAGCACGUAAUGAAGAUUUAAAUGAAGCACGUAAUGAAGAUUUAGAUGAAGCACGUAAUGAAGAUUUAAAUGAAGCCCCUAAUGAAGAUUUAAAGGAUGCCCUAAUGAAGAUUUAAAUGAAGCACGUAAUGAAGAUUUAAAUGAAGUCCCUAAUGAAGAUUUAAAUGAAGCCC